UAUGUUUGUAUUAGUUCUGUAUUUUUAACAUACUUAUAUAUUUUUUUAAUUAGAUAAUUACAGAUAAAUAAUCUCAAAGUUUCAUUGCGAAGUUUAUAUACACCGUUAUAAAUGGUAAGUAAUUAAUCCAAAAAAUUACUUUAUUAUUGUUACUAAAUAAAAUGAAUUUUAAAUAUUUUUAACAAUAAUUAUUAGGAAAACAGUCCAAGAAAAAAAAGAGUAAAAUCCAUGGCCUACCGAGCACUGUCACAAGAAGAAAGAAGAGCUAUAAUAGUUUCUCAGUUAUUAGAGAGCUAUGCUUCCAAUGCUAAUGACCAGGCAUUCCAGGAUAAUCCACGGGCACCAAUAACUGUUCUACCAUUUUCUGCUUCUCAAAGUGAAGACAGUCCUGACGAGAGGAUAGGAAACACAACAUGGUGUCGGUGUAAUUGUUGUAUCCCAAUGCCUACACAGAUUGAAUCUGUUUGCUGUAGAGAACUUCCAAUAGUUGAAGCAAAUAUUCCAGAGGGAUUGAAUUGCAUGACAGCAGCCCCUGUCUUCAUAACACAAUUUACUACUCAUACACCUGUUUACAUCGUUUACAUGGCAAUCCACCAACAAGAAAGACCUAUAAUUGAUGCAGACAACAAUAGGCGACUAAGGAAAACUGCAUAUCGUGCUUUUAUUGGGUGGAUUUAUGGCUUUCUUGGGAAAGGCAACCGGAAAGUCAUCCCAUCUUGUGUUGUGAAUUCAAUUAGAGAGGCAUUUCCAGAUCCAAAUGGGUCAUAUGUCGGUUUCAUGUACUCAGAUGAUUACGACGCCUCCCAAAUGGCAUUCCAUUAA